CACCAGGUGUGGACUGCCCGCUCGAUCAUUUAGCAUGAAGAAUAGAAACGAGAAUGGCAAUAAGAAACUCAGCUUUGCAGACGUUGUUUUGUCGUUUGACGAUCAGCGUCACUUGGUGCAGACGACUAUGAGUUGGGAUACCCGCCAUUGCGAAGAAUCCAUGCCCGAGUAUGGAGCCUUUCUCUACCAGAUCAGAGAAGCUGGCAAAGAGUCGGCGAACUGCGUCGACCUCACCUGCAAAACGACCGACAUACUGUGCAACACGUUGUUUGUCACGUUGUUCAUAGGCGUGUCCCUUGCGUUACCGGUUGCGAUGGUUUCCAUUGGCGUGAAGUACCUGGAAGACUGCCCCAAGGAGCCCCGCAUCCCUGUGUAUCUGCUUGUUGGCGGCUGUUUCGGCGUCAUCAAACUGCUGUCCUCUCUCUGGCGCAACAUCCAGACGCGCCGAUACCAUGACGUUAUCUUUGACGACCCGGAUGCAGACGGUGCCUUCAAUAGUUCAACCUAUCGCACUAUGGACACGCUGUUGUUCUUGUUCUUGUUUGGUUGGCAGAUUGCGGGCACGUUUUGGACAUUUAACAUCUGGACGCCUCAUUUUGAACAGCUCCUGUACGAGCCGAGCAACUGGUGUGAUAAGACGGUGUACAUGUUCACCGUGUACCAGUUGUUUACGUGCUACGUUGUCAUAGCGGCGUUCGUGUUGGUGCUUGGAACAAUCCUGUUUUUACAGAAGUGUUGUUGCAGCUAAUGCAGACACAUACUGAAGUGUAAUUGUUUAAGAUAAUUAUUGACAUUUUGUACAUUGACGUAUUUUCUAUCCCUAUACUUAUACGGUCCGGUGUGUUAUUGUAUAUAUAUUCGAUGCUAGCAUUCUGGUGCUAUUUUGUAUAAUAUCCAUAGGAACAUUCUUUUUAAGGUGAAUGCAAAGAGAAAUUGAAGAAAGUAUUCACCUUUACGUUAAUCUUGCGUUGGUUAAAUUUCUAAAAAA